UUUAGUGAUCUGUCAGACGUUCUGUGGUUUUGUGGUGAAAGUCGCGCAGCUCUUCCACGCAAGAAGAAAGUAAAAAAAAUUAACCGACGGCAAAUGCGAAAGAUGUUUCCCGCCUAUGGACCUCUUGAGCAAUUUAGUAAUCUCCAACCGUACUAUCGGUGUCUACAUGAAAAUCCAUAUAUGGCCUUUCCCGAAGGGCUCUGGCCCCUACCUUUGUCCCUCGUGAAGGCAAAUCAUCGCCCCGAGAAGCCACCCUUCUCCUACAUUGCCCUCAUUGCAAUGGCCAUCAGUAGUGCUCCCAAUCAGAGGCUAACCCUCAGUGGAAUCUAUAAAUUCAUCAUGGAUAAAUUUCCCUACUAUCGAGACAACAAGCAAGGUUGGCAAAAUUCAAUUCGGCACAACUUGUCCUUAAACGAUUGCUUCGUCAAAGUUCCGCGGGAUAAGAGUACACUGGAUGAAGGUGAAGGUGCCUCAGCGGGCAAAGGGAGCUACUGGAUGCUGGACCCAUCGGCUGCCGAUAUGUUUGAGCAGGGUAACUACCGACGGAGACGUACGAGACGCCAGAGACAUUCAAAACUCCUCUUUCACGAUACCACCCCCUAUCCAUUUGCCAACCUCCUCCAGCUGAGCGGCGGCAAUACGAGGCAUACGGGUGAGCGGGAUUUCCUAGCAAACCUCACGAAACCCGAAGAAAAUAUCGCCGGGAGCGACUUUGCUGCAAUUCAGCAAAACUACUUGGCGCACUUUAGUGAAAAUUUGAAUACCCUCCUCGGUGGUUUCCCACGGAACUUCCUUGCCUCCACGCUGGAUCUCACAGCCGACACCGCAACCGCCCCCAAGUCGAAUCUCUUCACAAUUGAGAAUCUCAUCAAGAAGUAAUAGCACCAAAGAUGCCGCAUCUCCAUUAUUGAGGCAAAAUGUAAGUCGAUGAUUUGCUUUUCAAUAAAAAAAAAACAUCCCCGC